AUGGCUAUUUGUCAUAUGUUUGAAGAAAUACGCUAUGAAUUAAAUGCUGUUGAAAUUGAUAGAUGUAAAAAUGUGGGUCUUACAAGUAUCAUGAAAAAUUAUAUAUCUUUGAGUCCUGGGCAACUCAAUUUAAUGGAGAAUGCUGGAUGGUUGAUCAGUAAUGACAGUAAAUUAACUAAUGACAAUGGAUAUUUCAACAUUUCUAUACCACUAAGUUACAUACUUGGAUUUGCUGAAGAUUAUAAUCGUAUUAUCAUGAAUGCUAAACAUGAAUUGAUUCUUAUAAGAUCAAAUUCUGAUGUUAAUACAUAUAUACAUACACCUGCUGCUGCUGGUAAUAACGCUGAAAUAGUGAAAGUUCUUCUCAAUAUGGUAGAAUGGAAUGUCCCAUAUGUCACAAUGUCGGACAAACAAAAAAUUCAAGCACUCAACUUUAUUGCUAAUGAUCCAGCUAUAUUAGUUAUUCCUUGA